AUGAAUGGCAAUACGAACGGUUCGUUCAAUAUGAACCUCCAGAAUGCCUCCCCUUCUAUGGCCCAGCUCCAUAACCAGUAUUCUUCGCCAAUGAUGCAUCCCCAGCAGCAUCCUUCCGGCCGUAAUAUGCCCCAGGCGUCUCCCAACUACGGUGUUCUGUAUCCACAACAGCAGCAACAACAGCAACAACCUCAACAACAACGUCUGAUGAGUGUUUCGAACGGCAACGGCAAUCUGCUGAUGAUGGGCAUGAAUCAACAAAUGAAUCCAGGUGUUUCCAUGGCUGGUGGUCCUCUGCGUCUGCCUCAUAUGGGUCGUCAAAUGUCUCCUAACCAGGCUCAGCAACAGUACAUGCAAGGAAACGGCCAGUCCCAGAAUCCUCAGCAGCCUAAGUUCGGCGGAUAUAGCCCACAACCAGAGGGCCUGAUCGAAGGUGGACCACAUAUGAUGCAACAAGGCCCACCUAUGGUCAACCAGUACAAAAUGGGACCUGGGAUGAUGCAGCCAGGGCAACAGCAGCAGCAACAGCCAAUGCUGGCACAGGCUCAAGCUCAAGCCCAGGCUCAAGCUCAGGCUCAAUUUCAGCGUCAGGGUUUUCAAAACCGUGGACCUCAGGGCCCCCAGGGUCCUCCUAAUCAAGGUGAGGGUGCUGUUCUGCAAACCCCUCAAACCCAAAAUCGUCCUCAUCCGCUGGCCCAACCGCUGCAACAAUCAUCGACACAACCUCAGGGACAGACACCGGGCAAUGGGCUGCAGGGUCCUGGUUUAAAUAAACCUAACCACUCGCGUCCUCAUUCCGCUCAGCAUACACCUCUUCAAGGCCAUUCCGUCAACCCAGCGCUGGCACAGGGUCAGACAGGAGGCCAAGGUCAGGCAUCUCAAAACCAACCUAAUCAGGGUAAGUCAGGACAAUCCCUACCGCCUGGUCAGGCCAUGCAGAAAAUGGGAGUCUCUCAAGCUGCUCAAAAUGAAGUUCAUGCAAAGAUUUUUCGCCGUAACUUGGGUAAUGCCGCAGUUGUGCGUCUCAUUGAUCUUAUAGAUCUAGUUCUGAAUGAACCAAUGGACAGUUUGCGUACGAUUGAGUUCUGGACGAGGCUAGUGCUGGCAUAUUUCGUCCCCUCUGGCUCAAUCCGAUUUACAACUGCUGGUACAGGAAGGAAGCCAAAUCAGCCAAACACCAAUACAGAUGGCUUUUCAUUUGAGUCCAAUUCCAGCAGCCCGAGAAUGUUUGAGCUUGAUGUCACUAGUGCACCUCGUUUCUUUUUGUCAAAUAUUGCCUCUCAGGCUUUGGCUACACUUCAAUUGUUUCUUUCAGGAACGAAAUUUCAGGUCAUGAACAACGGUAUGAUAUUCAUAGGCUCCAAGCUUACUAUCAACUACUACUAUCUGGAUGGCUCCAUGGGAACUGCUAAUGGCUUCUGUCGUGUGCUUUUGAACAGAGAAUUCAAGAUAGAGUGGGUAGACUGCCGCAUGCUUCAGUAUCGCAGUGCUGUUGGAACGGCCUCGUUAGAGAAUCUUUGGCAAAACUAUAGCAACAACGCAGGAAACUCUAAAUUGGGACCAAAGGAUUUCAUCAAUUAUCUUACGGAUAAUUGCCAGGCGUCAAAAACCAUGGCUAAUUGCGGCCUCCAUGGCCGUGCCAUGAGGACAUUGCAAACAGGCGAUUUGAUGACCAUUCUCAGUCCACUUAUGGCUUUUUCCUCGAGCAAUAAUAUAGCGUCGCCACUUAAGGCCAUCGAGGAAUUCACCACCAACCCUGCUAGUCUUCUGAGGAUGGGUUCUGCUGCGGGCGGCGUCAAUGGAUCAGUAUCAAGUCCAUCCCCGCGCACUGUCUCGCAAGAGGAUCCCAAGCAAGCGCUUAAAAAAAGACGUCUACUGUCAUCAUUUGCAAGCCCAAUGAUGUCUGACGCUCGCGGAAACUAA